AUGGCCGCAUCCACCCUGUCCGUCUGCUCCAGCCACCGGAGCUAUGGCAGCCGGGCCUGCCUGCCCGGGUCCUAUGACUCUUGCAUGGACUCCUCCUGGCAGGUGGACGACUGUCCAGAGAGCUGCUGUGCCCCCAGCUGCUGCCAACCUUCAUGCUGCACCCCCAGCUGUUGUACCCUGACCCUUGUCUGUGCCCCAGUGAGCUGUGUGUCCAGCCCCUGCUGCCAGGUGACCUGUGGGUCCAGCCCCUGCCAGUCAACCUGCACCAACUCUUGCACACCCUCGUGCUGCCAGCAGUCUAGCUGCCUGCCCUCCUGCUGCACCUCCUCCUCCUGCCAGCAGGCCUGCUGUGUGCCUGUCUGCUGCACACCCAUCUGCUGCAAGCCUGUCUGUUCUGGGGUCACCCCCUGCCCAGCUCCUUCGAGCUGCUGCAGACCCUCCUCCUGCGUGUCCCUCAUCUGCCGCCCCGUGUGCAGGCCUGCCUGCUGCGUGCCCGCCUCCUCCUGCUGUGGCCCUGCCUCCUCCUGCCAGCCCAGCUGCUGCCGCCCAUCCUCCUCCAUGUCCCUGCUCUGCCGCCCCGUGUGCUCCCGCCCGGCCUGCUGCUUCCCCACCUCGGCCCAGACGUCCUGCUGCUGA